GAAACAUAACAUUGGAUGUUGGAUAGUUCACGAAAACAUUUGGAUGCAACUUGAUAACUUAGCGCUUUGGACACUUGUCUUUUUAAAAGGUGGUAGGGUCAAUUACCAAUUGGAUAGACGCCAAUAUCAAUUCCCUUCCAUCCAACAGUGAUGUGUAUCACUGAUAACUGAUAAACAUUGUUUCCGUGAUCAUCCUCAUCACUCUCACCCAUGGCUGCCUCAUCCACCAUCAACAACUUCCUCUCUUUCUUCUUACGCACAAAACCACCACCACCACCCUCUCCACCGCAGUUCAACCCCACCACUUCUCAGAACCAGAAACCCUCCUCCUCACAGCCCCUAAUUGCCCAAUACAACCCUCCUCCUUCACCCUCUUGCGCUUCUUCUUCUGAGUUGUCCUCUGUUAUAUGCCCAUCCAUGGCGUACUCCAACACGCUCUUCUUCCGGUCGCCGUACAACGUGCAGGUGGUGGUGGCCGAGGACGAGUCCGAGGAGAAGCUCCUGGGCAGGUUCCGCAGAGAGGUGAUCAAGGCCGGCAUCGUUCAGGAGUGUAGGAGGAGACGGUAUUUCGAGAACAAACAUGAAGAGAAAAAACGCAAGUCGCGCGAGGCUGCCAGAUGUAACCGCAAAAGAAUGGAAUUGCUACUGGAUGCCUUACAAGAUUUUAUUGUGUGUACGGUGGUGGUGGUAGAGGCGGCCCAUGUCAAAAACUGUAGGACAGAAGAAGCAGGAUGUCUCAGCAACCAAAAGAGAAGACGAUGAGGAUAACUGGGAUCUACCUGAAGGAGACACUCUGUAUUAACCCUUCGAUUCCCUAAGUUCUGGUUUUCUUUGAUUUCACUGCAUAUAAGUUUUGUUAAGUAAGUUGUGUUCCUUACUUGGUGCAUUUUCAACUGUGUAGAAUUUAAUAUGAUGUAAUUUGCUUGUUUGUACAUCCAUAUUUUGUUAUGCCCUUGGUUCUAUGAAAUCUUGCAUUAACUUCUUUUUUAA